AUGCGUCGCUCGACCGGCUGCCCGCUGAGCCAGAUCUGCAUCCCCCCUCCAGCUGUGCUGGUGCGGAGCUUCCCAGUGAGACCCAGCCUGGAUCCCUGCGGAACCUUCCAGGGCUUCUCCCAACGCGGGACCCCCUGCUGCUACCCCGGCACCACCACCUACGUCAGCCUGGGCGGGCUGGGCCUGGGCCAGGGCUCCUGCGGGCUGGUGGCCACCACGGGUGUCCCCCAGUGCUGCCAGGGGGCGACCACGACAUGUGGGAACCCCUGUUGCUGCUGCCGCGUCACCGAGUGCAGCACCACGCGCCGGGAGUGCGGGCAGGAGGUGGCCAAGUGCUCCACAGCCACGUGUCAGGAUCCGUGCUGCCAGGAGGUCACCAAGUGUGUCACCACGUGUCAGGAUCCGUGCUGCCAGGAGGUCACCAAGUGCACCACGACGUGCCAGGAUCCGUGCUGCCAGGAGGUCACCAAGUGCACAACCACGUGCCAGGAUCCCUGUUGUAAAGAAGUGACCAAGUGUGUCACCACGACGUGCCAAGAUCCGUGUUGCAAGGAGGUCACCACAUGUGUCACCACGUGCCAGGAUCCGUGCUGCAAGGAGGUCACCAAGUGCACAACCACGUGUCAGGAUCCCUGUUGUAAAGAAGUGACCACAUGUGUCACCACGUGCCAGGAUCCGUGCUGCAAGGAGGUCACCAAGUGCACCACGACGUGCCAGGAUCCGUGUUGCCGGGAGGAUGUCACCAAGUGUGUCACCACCACAUGUGUGGAUCCGUGCUGCCAGGAUGUCACCAAGUGUGUCACCACGUGUGUGGAUCCGUGUUGCCAGGAUGUCACCAAGUGUGAUCCCAGGUGUGUGGACCCGUGUUGUCAGGAGGUCACCAAAUGUGUCACCAGGUGUGUGGAUCCCUGCUGCCAGGAGGUCACCAAGUGCAGAACCAGAUGUGUUGAUCCGUGUUGCCAGGAUGUCACCGGGUGUGUCACCAAGUGUGUGGAUCCAUGUUGCAAGGAGGUCACCAAGUGCAGAACCAGAUGUGUUGAUCCAUGUUGCCAAGACGUGACCAAAUGUGUCACCAGAUGUGUGGAUCCAUGUUGCCAAGAUGUCACCAAAUGUGUCACCACCAGAUGUGCAGAUCCCUGCUGCCAAGAUGUCACCAAAUGUGUCACCACACGUGUUGAUCCAUGUUGCCAAGACGUCACCAAAUGUGUCACCAGAUGUGUGGAUCCCUGCUGCCAGGAUGUCACCAAAUGUGUUACCACGUGUGUUGAUCCCUGUUGUCAGGAGGUCACCAAAUGUGUCACCACGUGCCAGGACCCAUGCUGUGUCACCAGAUGUGCCACCAGGUGUGUGGAUCCCUGCUCUGGCAGAGUGACCAAGUGCACCACCAGAUGUGUCGAUCCUUGCUGCAAGGAGGUCACCAAAUGCGUCACCACGUGCCAAGACCCCUGUUGUGUCACCAGAUGUGUUGAUCCAUGUUGCCAGGACGUCACCAAAUGCGUCACCACGUGCCAAGAUCCGUGCUGCCAGGAUGUCACCAAGUGUGCCACCAGAUGUGUCGAUCCUUGUUGCCAGGACGUCACCAAAUGCAUCACCACGUGUCAAGACCCAUGUUGUGCCACCAGAUGUGCCACCAGAUGUGUCGAUCCAUGUUGCCAGGGCGUGACCAGAUGUGCCACCCGGUGUGUCGAUCCCUGCUGUGGCAGAGUGACCAAGUGCACCACCAGAUGUGUCGAUCCCUGCUGCCAGGACGUCACCAAAUGUGUCACCACCUGCCAAGACCCCUGCUGCCAGGACGUCACCAAAUGCGUCACCACGUGCCAAGAUCCGUGCUGCGUCACCAGAUGUGUUGACCCUUGCUGCAAGGAGGUCACCAAGUGCGUCACCACCUGCCAAGAUCCAUGCUGUGUCACCACAUGUGCCACCAGAUGUGCGGAUCCCUGCUGCCAGGAUGUCACCAAAUGUGUCACCACCUGCCAAGACCCCUGCUGCCAGGAUGUCACCAAAUGUGUCACCACCUGCCAAGACCCCUGCUGCCAGGACGUCACCAAAUGUGUCACCACCUGCCAAGACCCCUGCUACCUGCCCCGUGUGCGGCCAGCGCUGCUCCGUGUCCUGCAGCCCGAAAUUCCGCUGAGAUUCCGCGGGAUCUCCGAGGGGAAGAGCAAAUCCUCGCUUCCUCCCUCGCGUUCUGCCUCCUUCCUGCUGUCCUGA